AGUGUUGCCAAUCGAGGUUGCAACGUUUCAAAUGCAACUGAUCAGCAUACCAUUCAAAAUUUGAAUUUUCAACAUGACGAGUUUGUAACUUUAGUGCCCCUUGGAGAAGAAAAUGAAAUUCAGGGUAUGUGUAAUUCAGGUUUUGUUCCACAAGAUAGUACAAUUUAAAUUAUUCUCCAUAUGUUGCUUAAUUAUCUCAGAACGGUUUAUUUAAACCAGGAUGCAGUGCAUGACAGCAACGGUCCGGUUUCUUUUGCAGAAAUAGAGAACAACAUGACAGCUAGUAUGACAGCUAAAAGUGAUGUAUACGAUACCUGCUCUCAAGGAUGCUCUUUAGCCAAUUCAAAGCAUGAGAUUUUAUCAAGUAUUUAUCCUAAAAAUCCAACCAAUCAGUGUACACAAAAUUUCUAUCAAGAAUUUGGAAGUGUAAAUGUGGCAUCAGAGGACCUCAAUUCUGAAGAGAACACAUUAGGAAAAUCAUUUAAAAUUAUGUUGAUGAACAUUGCAAACGAAACUAAGAAAACUCAGCUCAUGAAGAGCUUGGAUUGUCUCCUCCAGUUGGUUAAAGGAAAGCUACCGGGAAGGCAGAUUUGUUGACGAGUUGCCUUACAUACUAAAUGAUGAUGACUACAUAUCGAAGUAUCGAGCCAGCCUAAAAGCUGUAGUUCUCAAGGCAAAAGCAUGUUUUUGAGCUUUAUUCGAAGGGUAUGAUGUUUGCAUAUCA